UUAACUCGGAACGGCGGGGGUGGCGGGGAGGACGACGGGAACGCCCCUUCGCCCCUCCAGGAUCGCAGGACUGGAGCGGCGCGGCCCCUGCGUGGCUUGAGCCUUCCGGCUUGCCGUCCGCCGCUGCCGCCGCCAUUGGUUGGACUCCAGGCAGCUGAUCCUGGCGGCGGGGUCAGGGAGCUUCGAGGAUGGCGGCGUCCGCGGCGCUGAUUCUGCGGGAGAGCCCCAGCAUGAAAAAAGCAGUGUCGCUGAUAAAUGAAAUAGAUAUAGGAAGAUUUCCACGAUUGCUCACCCGAAUUCUUCAAAAACUUCACCUGAAGGCUGAGAAUAGUUUCAGUGAAGAAGAGGAAGAAAAACUUCAAGCUGCAUUUUCUCUGGAGAGACAGGAUCUUCACCUAGUUCUUGAAACAAUAUCUUUUAUUUUAGAACAGGCAGUAUAUUACAACGUGAAGCCAGCAGCUUUGCAGCAGCAGUUAGAGAACAUUCAUCUUAGACAAGACAAAGCAGAAGCAUUUGUCAGUGCUUGGUCUUCUAUGGGUCAAGAAACAAUUGAAAAAUUCAGGCAGAGGAUUCUUGCACCCCACAAGCUGGAGACGGUUGGAUGGCAGCUUAACCUUCAGAUGGCUCACUCUGCCCAAGCAAAACUAAAAUCUCCUCAAGCUGUGUUACAGCUAGGAGUGAGCAAUGAAGAUUCGAAGAUUGCUGAGUUCCAAACCAACACAUUUUGGGGUACUGAAAUCUGCCAGAUCAAGCCUGUCAGUCCAGGGUACUCAUGGGCAAUCUGGAUGCACCCCUUUCAGCUGGGGGAACUGCCAGGAACCCUACCAAGAAAGAGCCUGAAGAAAGUUCUUGUGGAAUUCAGUCACAAGGAAUUGUUUGAUUUCUAUAACAAGCUAGAGACCAUACAAGCACAGCUGGAUUCCCUUACAUGAUGUUCUCAAAGACUGGUUUCUCUAUCACACUCCUGCCACCUCAUUGUUUUGCAUUGAAGAUAAACUGCCAGGUUGUGUUUUCUGAAGGAUUCAUUAGCUUUCUUCAUGUAAAUUAUACGGUUUAUUGCUUCUUAUAUAAUAACAGCCAAGGAAGAUCAUUGUUUUGAGUACUGGAGUUGUAACAUACAUUCUCCAGUUCUGUGAGCCAACAGCAAGCAAUUGUUAAGAACAUUUUUGUUUUAAGGGGAACAAAAGUGAAUAUCAUAUUGUUUUUACUGUCCUAUUUUUGCUUUAUUGCCUGACCUGUUUAUUUUUUACAUACUUGAUGAUACUUCUAUGUAUCAAGAAGGGUCCAUGGAUACAAAGUGUAAUAUGUACCAUAGAACACAGAACUUCUUUAAUUACAUUAAUAAAAAUAAGAAAGUAGCCACAGUCAAUUAAAUACAUUAUGGCAUUUGUUUCCUUUAAUAUAAUGAGUGUAUUUUCCUUGGAAAAUAAUAUAGGAAAGAAAUUUUAAAUAGAGCUAGUACUAGUACAUCAGCCAACUCCAGUAUGAGCAUCUCUGUGCACUUUCAUUUUUUCUCUGAGUUUAAUGAUUUAAUAACAGUUCAGGUUUUUGUGUGCUUUUUUUUGUACUGAAAAUUAAUAAUGAUUCAUUUCAAGGUGUGGGAGACAGAUUCAGAUCAUGAAUAAAAAUAGUUGUAAUGAGUGCUAAAGGAUUAUCCUUAAAAUUUUAAAACAGAAUGUAAAACAAAUUUUAUGUUCUCUUUUUGUAAAUAUGUUAAUUUCAGCCAAGAAGAUUUUUAUCUCUUAGAAUUAGUUGAACUGAAGUGCACAGUAUUUUAUGCUAUGGAUCUAUAUAAAUGGGAGUAUGGUUGCCUACAGAAAAUAAUAUCAGUUGAAUUUUUAUGAAUGAAAUGUCUGCACUAUAUUAUUUCCAGCGAGAAAGACAGAGUGAGGGAGGAAAGGAGAGAAAGGGAGAGGGGAGGGGGGGAGAAAAUGAGAGAGAGAGAACAGAGAGAGACAAAGAGAGAUUCAAAUAUAACUUCACGUGAAAGAAUUUGAUUUCAGAAAUAUCCUAUAGUUAAACAGAACCACUGGAUUUAAAUCACAUUCUUUAUAUGAGGUAUCUGAGUAAUAUGAAUGUUAAAUGUCUCCCAAAUAAAUGUUUAGUACAUGGAAUUUAUGCCCUUACUUAUUUAUAUGUGUGCUUUUAUGUUGUUGCUUAGAAGGAUUAGGUGUUUGGAUUAUUUCAGAAUGUAAGUAUUAUAGUGGCUGUCCAUACUUGGUUGAUUUGAAAAGUUUUUAAACUCAAACUUCCAUUGAUAGGAUAUCUAGAAGACGUGUUUAUAGUAUAAUGGGAUUUGUUUCCAUAUGUAGCUUGUGGGAUCUAUCUUAUAUUUUUACGCUCUGUUCUGCUGGUCCCCAGAGGAAAGUACCUGACUACUGUAAACAUUUUGGUAAAUAUUCUUUCAGACUUCUUAUCUACAAAUAAACAUACAUCAUUUCAAGUUGAAUUUGUUGGGCCUUCCCAACAGUGACCAUAUGAAUAGGUAGAAGUUUUCAUUGGUUUGAUGCCAACUUAACUCCCAGUGUACGUAUCUAAGUUAAAUGUGACACUUCAUAAUGAAAUUUCCUAUUUGUAGCUUAAAAUAGUGGUAAAUAGUUUUCUCUCCAUCAGUCUAGUUCAGGAAAGUCUGACCAAAGGCAUUGAAGGAAGGACAAGUAAGUAGUAGGUCUAAUUCUAACUAAGAACAUAAUUAUUCCUGAAAUAUAUUUAAUUCCAGAUAAUUUUAUUUCUUAAGCUACCACCAUUGUUAUGAUACACAAGUAAAAGAAGAUAUCAUUCCCAAAGAUUAUUAAGGUGUGUGUUACAUUUUCAUAGAAAUAAGGUGGGUGGAGCCAUAAGUGGGAACUGAAACCUACUGUCUUAGCAAAUAAACAUGUUUUGUAUGA